CCCUCUUUCGCUCCUUCUUGUUCAAUGACUAUCAUCACCGGAUGUGUGACAACGACAAACGCGCCCAAACUCUCCAGGUACUCUCGGAGUACAUCACAGCGCAGAGACUGUUGCUGAGCAAAACUCAAGCUGAUAUCGAACGUCUGAACGAGCUGAAAAACCGAUUCAUUGAGCUGCCGAGCGGGUUUGUGGAGAAUUUGAGUGAAGAGCUCGACAGUAACGCCUUUCGACUUAGUGAACAAGUUCAAUGUUUCUCGGAAAUUAGUAAACCCAAAGAUAUCGAUUGGUCGGUAUAUCAGAAACAUGGUUCGUUUUAUAUAUCUUUUUGUUUUAUCUGUAGUAAGGGAAGCGAGUUUUCUCACUUUUCUCAUCCAGAUCCUACACCGUUUCGUUCCUUUACAACCUUCACUUCUCAACCUUUACAGCCCUCAGAGUCAUACUCAUCACAGCCACCGAAUUCCUCCCCAUUUCACCACCCUUUACGAGACUACGUCCGAACAGCCCGAACUACCAUCCUCGACCCCGUCUUUACGAAAUUUAAUCUUUCGUACAACCCCGAACCCGAAAUAGAAUUAGAACCCGAACGCAACGAAACGGAUGGCAAUUCAGGAAGUAAGACCAAAACGCGGGAACAGGAACAUAAGAAAAUCCGAGAUUUGAAGAGACGGAAGAUCGUUUGUGGGGGGUUGACUGUGAAUGUUUCUUCUUCCACUUCCACUUCUCAUGGUGGAAGUGAUGGAGGGAGGGCGGUGUAUGUGAGGAGGGAUAUUCAGGAUGAGAGUAUGGAGGUUGAUGUUGAUGUUGAUGCUCAUGAGCCGGAGCUCAUGGAGAAGGUGGCGAAGUCGGUACCGACUGAGAUGAAGAAGAAAACGAAGCCGAUUCCACUGAGGCAAAGGGAGAGAAGGAUAGUUGUACCUCCUCUGCCGAUGGUUCUUACCAAGACACCGAGGACAAGGAGACCGUCUAAGAAGGCGUCCAUGGACGAGGACAGAGAGCAAGAGAGGGACGAACCUCCGCCGAAGGGACCGACGAUUGUCAUUCCGGCGCUGCGCCAUCCGAGACGGACGAGAGUUCCGUCUACGUCUACGGAGUCGUCGAGUAUGACACCUCCAGUCUUGAGCAGUACUCGCUCGCGUUCUCAUUCACAUUCACGGUCGCAGUCACCGUCGUCGUCGCUGGCAACAUCGCCUGAACCAGAGAUGGAGGUUUCUGAUAAUGACGUUGAUGAAAACAAUAACGAUGUCCGUGGAGGUUUUGCCGUUGCGAUGGGGCUAGAAGGAAAGACGAAGAAGCCUAGACCGGAGACGUAUAAACAAGCGUGGAGUAUUUCCGAGCAACACUUGUUGGAGAGGUUAUUGGAUGAGAUUCCAGAUGGGUCGAAGAAUCGGUGGAAGCAAAUAUCUUUAAGCAUGGGUGGACAGAGGACACCGAGGCAGGUUGCGAGUAGGGUACAAAAGUAUUUUGAAAAGUUGAGGAAGUAUGAUGCCUUUGAUGUGGAUGGGGUAUAAGGGUGUUUCGACCUGUAUGCCAUGGGCGCUGCGCUGAAAGAGUUUCCCGUUUUUUAUCAUUAUCAUUGCACUUAAUAGAUUGAUUGUAGCUUUAGUUUUCUCGGUUGUUAUUUGAUGAGAAAAGCGCACAACGCACGUGCUGGG